GCUCCAGCCUCUCUUCCCCCUCCGAGCCUUCAGCACUUCUCCUCCCGGAUCCGCGAGGCGCGCCCCCCCUUCCUCCCCUCCGCUCCGGUCAACAUGGCUACAGUAGUAACCUCGACCCGAUUCACAGACGAGUAUCAGCUGUACGAGGAGCUGGGAAAGGGUGCCUUCUCCGUCGUCCGCCGAUGCGUCAAGAAGUCCACCGGUCAGGAGUAUGCUGCUAAAAUUAUUAACACGAAAAAGCUCUCGGCCAGAGAUCACCAGAAGCUGGAGCGAGAGGCCAGAAUCUGUCGCCUGCUCAAACACCCCAACAUAGUACGACUGCAUGACAGCAUCUCAGAGGAGGGUUUCCAUUACCUUGUCUUUGACCUAGUCACUGGAGGAGAGCUGUUUGAGGACAUUGUUGCAAGAGAGUACUACAGCGAAGCAGAUGCCAGCCACUGCAUCAAUCAGAUCCUGGAGAGCGUCAGUCACAUCCACCAGCAUGAUAUCGUGCACAGGGACCUCAAGCCGGAGAAUCUCCUGCUGGCCAGUAAGAUGAAGGGAGCAGCAGUGAAGCUGGCAGACUUUGGGCUCGCCAUUGAGGUGCAAGGAGACCAACAGGCCUGGUUUGGAUUUGCUGGAACACCAGGGUAUCUGUCCCCAGAGGUGCUGAGAAAGGACCCGUAUGGCAAACCUGUGGACAUAUGGGCGUGUGGUGUCAUCUUGUACAUCCUGUUGGUGGGCUACCCUCCGUUCUGGGAUGAGGACCAACACAAACUGUACCAACAGAUCAAAGCCGGCGCAUACGACUUUCCUUCUCCGGAGUGGGACACAGUGACCCCCGAGGCCAAGAAUCUGAUCAAUCAGAUGUUAACCAUUAACCCUGCCAAAAGAAUCACUGCCGACCAGGCCCUCAAGCAUCCCUGGGUCUGCCAACGCUCCACUGUGGCCUCCAUGAUGCACCGUCAAGAGACUGUGGAGUGUCUGCGCAAGUUCAACGCCCGGAGGAAACUUAAAGGAGCUAUUCUCACAACGAUGCUGGUGUCCAGGAACUUCUCAGUGGGACGGCAGCAUACCAGCCCUGCCGCUACCACCAGCACGGCCGCAAUGGCUCAGGAAGCGUGCAAAACUUUACUAAACAAAAAGUCGGACGGCGUGAAGUCGCAGGGAGACAGUAAAAACAGUGUAGUAAGCAGCAGCAGCACCAAAGACAGCAGCAUGUCAUCUUCAGCUCCAAUGGAAGCCCAGACUACUGUUGUACACAACCCAGCUGACGGCACCAAGGGCUCCACAGAGAGCUGCAAUAACACAGAAGAGGAGGACAUGAAAGCGGCUGAUCCCCCACAGGAGGCGGCCGGCAGCAGCCCCAGCGUCCCCGUAGCUCCUGAACCGCAGUCCGCUCUGCCAUGUCCCCCCGGCAGCAGCAACCUGCAGCAGACUCGUAAACAGGAGAUAAUCAAGAUGACGGAGCAGCUGAUCGAAGCCAUCAACAAUGGGGAUUUUGAGGCUUACACGAGAAUCUGUGACCCUGGACUGACUUCAUUCGAGCCGGAGGCCCUCGGAAACCUGGUGGAGGGAAUGGACUUUCACAAGUUUUACUUUGAGAACCUUCUGAGUAAAAACAGCAAGCCGGUGCACACCACCAUCCUCAACCCGCACGUGCACCUGAUCGGCGAGGACGCCGCCUGCAUCGCGUACAUCCGCCUGACGCAGUACAUCGACAGCCAGGGCCGGCCGCGCUCCUGCCAGUCGGAGGAGACGCGCGUGUGGCACCGCCGCGACGCCAAGUGGCUCAACGUGCACUUCCACUGCUCAGGAGCACCGGCGGCACCCCUGCAGUGAGCCCGCAACACGAGCUCAGCUUCGCCUGAACUCUUAACGCUGUUUGGAGCAUUUACUCUCCGUGGUCGGAGUGGUGCCUGGAUCCUGGCCAGGACGAGGCUGCUUGGAUAACACAAAAAAGUGGGGGGAAAAAAAAAAUAACGAUUCAAUUUAAGUAAAAUAAAAAUAAAUAAUAAACCAAAAAAAUAAAAUAAAAUACAUAUUUCAAAAGCUUGACUUGAAUGAACCAACCACACCGACCAACACCAAUCCAGUCCCACCCUAGCUAGGACGACGCGGGGCACGGCUGACGUCGGCCCAUUGUUGCAGAUGGUGCAUGUUUCCGGUGGCAACACGGGGGUGAUGCUGUCCUGGUCUUUCUCUCCCAUGGCCUUUAUUUCCCCGUCUUCGUUUUUGUCUGCCGUGUGGAAAAGUAUUAACAUGUUAAAAUUAUAUAUGUACCAACAGGAGAAAAAAAAAAACAAAACGAAAAAAAAAGCAAGUACACUUUACACACAUAGUGAGUCUGACGGUGUGGGGAAGAGGUUUGAUCUGGAACAUUGUGAUUAUGUUGUGUCUCCACAGAGCAGCAGGACAUCUACAAGUAUUGUUAGUUUUACAGUUAACAAAUAUAUAAAUAUAUAAAUACACACGGGGAGGGAGGCCUAUUUGAGAACCUGCUAAAAGGGUGUUGGAGCAUCUCGACUCAGUUUUGAGCGGUUCGGGUGUCGAUAGGUUACUGAAGGGAUUUUUAUUUUGUGUUUUUCUAUCAUGUGUUAUAAAGGGUUUUCUUAUGUCUCUUGAAUGAGAGAUGAUAUUUGAAGGAUUUUUUUUUUUAGUUGAAAAGUAAUUUUUACUCAAACAUGGGAUUUUAUUUAAUGUAACUGUAUAAAAAAAAUAUUUAUUAUAUAAGGGAAAAUGGGUCACGUUAAGGGGGUGUAAGAAGGGGAGUUUGGCAUGAGAGUGGGUGGGUUUUUGUUUUUUUUUUGUUUGUUUUGUUUCUGCUUUGAGGUCCUUAGGUGUAAAUACAGACAAGCAUAGCCACACACCAACAUGCAUGCACACACACCUAAAGCCCUGCGCUCCGGCCUCGGAGGUGGAGCCUCUGGAGCUUGAGACCGGCCGUGUCCGGGCCAGCUCAUCCUGAAGUUGCAGAAGGUGAAGCCAGACACCCGGCAGCACCGCGGCUAGCUCCGUACGGCUCGUACCACCCUGUCAACUACCUAAUCCAAAAGCACGGACACUCUCAAGCCAACUUUGUCUUCUCGGUUUAUGCGUUUUUUGUGUGUUUUGACGUGGAAGCAUGAUUCUUUUCGAUCUAUCUAAAGGCCUGUACUGUUUAUUGCACAGACACUUACGACUUGAUGCUGUUGUGUUCGCUGGAAGUGAACCUCUCUGCAACUUCAGGUUACGCUUGCCAAAAUCCCUCCUCCCACCCUACCUCCGUCCCUCCACUUCUGUCAUUCCUGGCUCUUACUCUCCACACGUGUUGUGACCUUCGCUACUCAAGGCCCACCACUGUCUCCGUGGCUCUAUGAUGAUGAUGAUGAUGAUGAAGAUUACAGUGUCACCCUGCCGUCUGUCCCCUGUCCUCUGUGUUCUUGGAGUUUGUAUGUCGUCCGUUUUGGCUUGCUGUACUUCUGUGUGGAGUCCUGGCUAUAUUUAAAAAAAAGCAUGUUAAAGGGAAUGCAGCAGGGAAACGGCAUGAGAGGAAGAGGGCUACGCCACCUACAGGGCUUUGGGACCUUCGCAAAAGGCAAUCAGUGGAUCGGGUCCCUUUUGUCAGUUUUUGUUGUAAAUGUUGUAGUUGUUAGUGUUUUGAGGUUGAUAUUUCAUGAUUGUUUUGCCAGAAAUUUAAAAAAAAACAACAAAAAAAACUAUCUAGGGUUGAAGAAAAUGGAGGCUGAGACUGCCGCAGUCCCUUCACACACACACAUAUCUCUACACACUGAAUACUGACAUCUUGAGACAAAAGCUUAGAAACUCCUGUUGCUAAUCACACGUGAAUUCACAAUAUCAUACAAGCACAUGAGGUGAAAGAGUUUCCCUUUAAAGAGGACUAAACAUAUCUUCAUCAGUGGUUACAAGUUUGCAGCACUGUUUUUGUUUUUUUUCUUGUCCACUGUGGUGAAACCUGUGCGUGGCUUUGACCCAGCAGUGGAGUGAGGCUUGCCGUCUGUCCCGUCUUCUGUGCUCCGCUGCUCUGUAGUGAUUUAUGCACUUAUUAGGCUGAAGCUGGGGUCGCCUCAGCCCCGUGGGGGUCACCUGACCUCAGCAGCCGCUCGUCCUGCAGACUUUAGAUCAAAACGCAUUGUGACUCCUACGUGAGACCCGUCCUCCUGUGUCCGCCUCCUCGACAUAUCUAACACGCCAUGAAAACUGUGCCCUCCCCACACACACACACACCUUGCACCAUGAUUACUCGUUGUGAAACCCGAACUGAACCUCUGUGAUGUUUUUUAUGGUUCUCAGUAGUUCUGUUUGUGCUGUGCUCUUUGGCCCAGGUGUCUGUUAAAAUGUUUUUUUUUUUUUUUUCAUUGUGUGUGUGUGUGUGUGUGCUUGCGUGGGUGGGUACAUGCUUGUGUGUAUGUGUGUGUGUUUCCACGCAGUCAUGGGAAUGUUCAAACUGAAAAGUGAAAUGCAGUUGUGCUGAUCUGAAGCGGGAUCCGGUUUGCCAGAGUAUUUGAACGGCUGAUUUUAACGCUCGAUUAACGUGAAGCUGAAACUUCUGUGACGUGGUUUACUGCUGCUCCUCAUUCACUGCUGCUCCGCCGUCUCUCCCAGGACCUUGAAGUCUUUGGCUCUGUGGAGCGUUUUCGUGACUCAGCCAUCAUUCUUUCAGUUAUAUCUGCGCUUCUACAGAAACAAAUCUGAUGUUAAUUUAGACCCAAACACAUUUUCUCCUUUUAUGUUUUUCUCUAAGAGUUAUUUAACCGAUUCUGUUUUCUAAAACUUAAUUCUCCGAUCUAAAGUUAAAUACAUUUUCUCAUUAAUCCUGACAAGUCAGCAGCAUUUAAUUAUCAGCAUUAAAAUUCUAAAAGCACUUAAGCCACAAUUCAUCAUCUUCAUUUGAAUUUCUUUGAUUGCAUUUAAUGAGACAGGGUAUUGACUUUUGUAAAUAUUAACCGUGACCAAAUAUUACCUGAGCAUAAACCAUGAAGUGUUGUGAUAGUUUGUCGUUUUGCCAAAUUCACAUUUUGUUUAAAAAAUAAAUGCGAUUCUCAAAAGAGCAUGACUAAAACUCUUCAGUUCAAAUACUUUGGCAAUGUUUGUUGAAACUGUACUUUACUGAACCCGGUGGGGGGGCAGAAAGAUCCUUGAAAUGUUUCAGACAGAGGUGGAAAAUAGAUUUAAAAACCACAAUCUUUAACAGCAACACUAUAUAUGCAGUUUUGCAAAUGGAAGAAAUAUGCAUGUCUACUUUCUGGUAAUUUUUCACUGUUUACUUGAU